UGUGUCCUCCUCUGCCGGGCUGCCCCUCCCUGUCAGACUGGUGCCGGUCAGGGGGGCCCCCCGCAGGUGGGUGCUGUUGGUGGCCCUGGGGGUCGCCAUGCUGCUGUUGCUGGUCACACUCCUGCCCCUGCUGGCCCCUCCGGGGGGGGCUCACUAUGAGAUGCUCGGCACUUGCCGAAUGAUCUGCGACCCCUACAGCGGGCCCCCCCCCAGCCCCGCGGGGGCCCCCCCACCCUUCCUCCAGGGGCCCAAGGGGGAGCCGGGCAGAGCGGGCAAGCCGGGAGCGCGGGGUCCCCCUGGAGAGCCGGGACCCCCAGGAGCCAGGGGCCCCCCGGGGGAGAGGGGAGAGCCGGGGCGGCCGGGGAUGGGGGGCUCAGUUUCUGGGGGUCCCCCGCCCGCCCCCCAGGGGCCCCGGAUCGCGUUCUAUGUGGGUCUGAAAAGCCCCCACGAGGGCUACGAGCUGCUCCGCUUCGACGACAUCGUCACCAACGAGGGGGAUCAGUACGACCCCCAGACCGGCAAAUUCACCUGCAGCGUCCCGGGCACCUACUACUUCACCUACCACGUGCUAAUGCGGGGGGGCGACGGCACCAGCAUGUGGGCAGAUCUCUGCAGGAACGGCCAGGUGCGUGCCAGUGCUAUCGCCCAGGAUGCUGACCAGAAUUAUGACUACGCAAGUAAUAGUGUGGUCCUUCAUUUGGAUGCGGGAGAUGAAAUCUAUGUCAAACUGGAUGGUGGAAAAGCCCAUGGAGGAAACAACAAUAAGUACAGCACCUUCUCUGGUUUUAUUCUCUACCCAGACUAAAUGGUC